AUGGAAAUCGUUGGCGAUAUGAUGGCACGCCUCAUUAAGGCUGUUGCCCAGAAACCAUUUAAAAAAUCGCGAUCUCCAAAUUUCGAUUUUUUUGUUGAGACUGGAUCGUCAUCAGGAAUGAAGUCUACACGAAUAUCAGAAAAGACUGAUUCUGUGUCUGAAGCAUGGAAGAAUGCACUACUUAAUGUUCAUAAGCUAGGACAGAAUAUAGCCGAGGCUAUCGUGAACGAAUAUAAAACACCCGGAGACUUAAUUAUGGCAUAUAGAUCUAAUGCUGAAGAUUGCAAUCAACUUUUAGCUAAUAUCAAGGCUCGUCGCGGAGUUGCAGGAUCUAGUGAGCGCCGUAUCGGACCAGCAUUGUCUAGAAAUAUUCAUAAAAUUUUCACUUCGAGUCAACCUUUAGACGAAAUUUAA